UCUCUCUGUUUACCGGACGGUUCUGCGGCCGGCGAGCGUAUCGCGCUCACGUGUUCGUCGCGAAUUCGAGUUUCCCGGCGACUCCUGACUUCCACUGCCAUCCCAUGGUGUUUUCCGACAGUUCACUGGUGCUAAAUCGUGCUGGGCGUUGAUUUUCCGAGACUAUCCCGGAUAAAUAGAUCGUGCGCGCCUAUUUUCGGUACUCGUAAAAAUUAUCGGUGUUUUCGGCGGAUGCGAUGAAUACAUUUUGCAAAUCGAGUCUGUGUGUCGAAAAGGUUGGAAGCUAUGUUUUGAGCGGGUGUGUUGUGCCGGACACGGAUGCGUUCGACGCACUCCCAGAGUCUGUGGAACUGAGCCUGUGUUGCCUCUCCAGCCUGAGGCUCUUGGGACUGAGGAAUAAGGACUUGGUCCUGAUGCUCCACGCCGUGCCUGGCACAUGUUAAGAUCGCGCAACGUUACCUCCCCGUGAAGACUUCGUCGGAAGACUCAAGUGCCAUUGGGAACAAGUUUACCACAGCCAGUGAUAUUUAGUGUUAGUAAACAUAGUGAUAGUGCGUAACCGUGAUAUAGACUUAGUUAACCGUUAGUUUUAGUGAAGUACCAAAAAGAAGCGAAGCUGGCUCCGUACAAGGAUAUAAUGAAUUCGUCGAGCAUCAGCUCAGUGCCGACGAUCAAAUGUGAGGACACGUCCCCGUCACCGACAGGCCCCGUGGGCACGGACGGAGAGGGUUACCUCAGUGUGAACGUGAACCUCAGCAGCGCCAUGAUGAACCUCCUCGCCGCGGAGACCGGUGGCGCCACCACUCUGCGGACGCCGGAAAUUGUGAACGACCUCAUCACCAUGACAAAUCCUCUGGAUCAGUAUAAUUACGACAAGAAUUCUAGUUUGAAGAACGGAAGUGGGAAUGAUUCCAACUCAUCCAUGUCCAACAGUUCGUCGGCUACCUCACCAGCGUCCAACACUCCGCCCAGCAUACAAAAGACGUGCUCGGAACUAAUAAAGGCUGGUCUGAAGUUGUCCAUCGAGUCGAAGAGGAAAAUGUCGGGCAGCGACACUGACGGCGGCAUCAAACGGAUGAAGAAGGAAGAAAGCGAUGAUGACUAUGACAGUAGUAAUACGCAGGCGCCCAAAAGUGAGCUAACGCCAGAAGACGAAGAGCGCAGAAGGCGGCGACGGGAAAGAAACAAGAUAGCAGCAACAAAGUGCAGAAUGAAGAAAAGAGAAAGAACGGUCAACCUGGUGAACGAGAGCGAGAUACUAGAGCACCAGAACAUUGACCUCAAAGCGCAGUUAAAGGAUCUGGAAGUCCAGAAGCGGCAGCUGAUAGACAUGCUCUCCGUCCACUCGGCGUCCUGCGUGAAGAACUCGCGGACUUCACCCACCACGCCGUACAACAUGCUCCGAUCGUACGAGCCGCCAACAACAUUCCCCACCACCUUCGACACUAACUCCCCCUACAUAAGACCGGAGUCGGCGAACAUCCUCGCGUCCAGUUACACUUGCGCCGCGUCCGUCAACGGGGACUCCGUGGACGCGAUAUCGUUGGACGCAACGUACAUGACCCCCCAAGCCAUAGACUUGGAAUACAACAGACCCGACAGCGUCCUCAGUCUCCCCCCAAACUCUGAAUGUUAUAUCACAACAGACGGUUACCUUCCAAAGGCUACGACUAUUUUAGGGCCUAUAGAACCCGAGGCGGAGUAUUACGAGGCCGAUUUAAAUUACGUAGCAAGCACGCCGCAAUGUCACAAUUACCCCGUGAAUAUCCAGGAUUCACAAACUAAGCUCGGCAGCGGACUUAACGAUGGCUGUCUUGUUUAGUAAAACGCCACCUUAACAUGAUCGGGGGCCAAAAUUGAUUUCAAAUGUAUACGUAUGUAACUAGACUUUGAAAGUUGGCAUUGACUUCUAUGUAUGCUAUUUAUUUACUACAUAUUAUAGUGCGGGUUUAAGAAACUGGCCACUAAAUUUAGUUCACUUUUCAUCAUAAUUGCGUCAAAAAAAACACUGAUAUGGACAGGUUUAAGAUGGUUUUUCUUAUGGUAGGUAUAAAUAACUCCCAAUUUGAUUCAAAUUGGCGUUUGUUUGAUUUUGCCUUUCCACUGUCGAUACUUUACAUAGCAUACAUAGAAGACUUUGUCGAGAUCAACUAAUUAAUUAUUCUUCGUGUUUCAAAAUUUUUUAAUUAAAAAGACCUAAAAUUAGUGAUUUUCGAUUUAAAAGCACUUUCUUGAUUUGUCGCGUCGUCGGAAAGAUAUUAAUUUCGAAACGAAAUCGUAUGUCUACUGUGUAGAACAACAGCGUAGAUUAGUAUGGAGGUUGUAAACUUAAGGUACGUUUUAGCAAAACACGAUUAUUUGUCCAGGAGAUAAAAAGUCGAUUUGAAACGCUUGGCUCGUUUGUUUUAUGAAAACGUACCUUUAAUUUAAUACAAAUAAAAAAAAAUGAGAAAAAACUGAUUGUCGCAAUGCGACCUUACGAUGUCACAUCCUGUUAAUUUAUUUGUUUUUAAUGUUCAAGUGUUGUGAGAUAAUAAGAAUUCACGAUUACCGUUUAGUACUGUGAAACGUUUAAUAGAUAGGUAGGUACGUAUAUUUUUCGAUAUUAGAUUAACUCUAACAAUACAAGAAUUCAUUUAUUUUUGUAAGUUCUAUAAUUUUGCUUUGAUCUGUACAAAAUAUUUAUCUUUAUUUUAGAUCUGAUUUAUUUUAGCGACGGUGCAAUUGAUUGAUAUAAGCUUUUUUGGGGGUAACCCCGGAAAUGGGGUAAUUACAAAAAAUUUGGAAAACCCAUAAGCUAGCUGAUACUUUUGGCGUGCUUAUAAAGACCAAUAAAAUAAUAUAAUAUUUUCGUUACAAAUUCGCAAAUUUCAGAAUACCCCCAUUUUCACAAUUACCCUAAAGCACUUAAUUGUAAAUACCUUUUAGGAGAUACAAGUGUCUAGUCCCCAUUCUGUACGCCAAAUUUAAAAUAGCAUCACAUAAUAAGAAAAUAACUUACAGUACAACAAAGAUGGAUACCUCCUGUUGAAAUUCCGUAUAUUUUAUUUAAACAGAGAAAUAUAUUAACACAGAUUAUAAAUGGGAUAUGAAUAUUCCAUGAACGUUGUUCGCUAAGCCUUAGUUGUAAGACGCUUUAACUCAGUUUAAGUCGUGAUAAUGUUACUUGUUACGGAUAGGUUACUUAAGUAUAAAUAUUCAGCUUAUUAUUGUUACUAAUAAUAAAGUUAUCAUAAUAACACUUAGUGUUUGCGACACCAGAAAAAGUGCCUGUUUCAAAUUCCAAUAUACGAAAUAAUAUUUACUUUUAGGAAUAAUCUUGAAAGAAUAAUUCUAUUUUUAUAUUUGUACAAAAUUUUUUGAGGUGACAGUACAUUGUUUCAUAAUAAUAAAAUGUUAUGUAAAUUUCUUUAUAAUAUUAGUAACAUCUAACUAGUGCUUUUUAUUUCUUUUUUUAUAAAAACUCUAGAAGUCCCUGUCUAGAAGUUAUUGAGUUGAGGAUGGUAUAACUUUUAAAUUACUUUCGAUCAGGAUUACUGUACAACCAAAUUAAAAGCUAAACGCUUUAAAGGUGGCCUGUAUAAAGAAAAUCAUGACGUUAAUUUUUUAUCUAUUAUAUUUUGUAUAAUUAAAUCAAGAAAUUAGUGUCAUAAUGCAAAAACAGAAAUAAUGACAAUGUACUGGAACCUAUGAUGUAUUAAGCUCGUUACACAUUUAUUAACUUGCAGCUCAUCUCGUGCGUAUCAAAUAUUGUCUGAAAUAAAAAAAAAAAACAUGUUGCUGUUCACAUAAUCAAAUUUAACUUUAUAAUUUAAAUUAUGGCGCAAAAAAAUAGUAUGCGUACGACACCCCCGAAUGUUUUGAUAGCACCCAUGUUACUUAAAACUUACUCCUAUCAAAUAUAUAGUUUCAUGGGUACGCUCGUAAUUACUACAUUCGAGCGGCAUGUGGAAUUCUAUGUGAUUGCCAUGUCCUCUGCCCGAUGUUGUUUUAACGUGUACUUUACGUAUAUUAAACGAACGUAUGCGUGCGCAACUCUACCAUAUAACCUAUCUACUUUUUAUAACAAAUGCUAGACCUUGCAUUACCCAAAAUCAUUGGCUUACCCCGAGGGUUAGGUACUUGAUGACAAAGUGUACGCGAUGUUGGUCUGGUGCUGGGUUGAUAAAUGAGUGACGUCCUUUACCUACGUGACGAUAUUGUAAAAUGGUGCCUUUAACUACCAGUGAAACUAGUCCCACGGCUGCAUAAUAUAUGCAACACCACGCAUAAAAGCAGCCAGUCACGCAAGCAUUUAUUUUUAUAUAUUCUUGUUGUGAUAAUAAACUUCACAAAGAAGUCGGUCGGACUCUUUCUUUACUACUAAUGACUGACUGUACUGACCAAACCACAAGUAAAACCGAAUAGACCAUAUUAAAAUUGAUCAUUCAAUAAUUGUAAAUAAAAAAUAAAUACAUAAUAAUUAUGUAAUUAUGCAUGACGCCCAAAGUUUAGGACGUUUAGUCGAGCCGCAAAUCUCAAACGCGAGUCGAUAAUGUCACUGUAUUGAAUUUAAAAUUCAGAAACAGCAGAAAAUAGUAGAAAACGUAAGUAUUUUUUAUCUUUAAAGUUAUUAUAUAUUAGAUUUUCAGCUUUUUAACUUUGUUAUAGACUUUUUUUCUAAUUAUUAUUAAGGUGGUUUGGGGGUAUUAUGGAUUUGAAAUGUCUGAAUAUCUAUUAAAUCAGCCAAAUUUGUUUAACAGACACAACUGAAGGUAGGCCAAAAAUUACGUCUUUUUUUAUAAUUAUGGCACAGCAAAAAUUAUUUGACUGGUUUAAUAAACACUCGCAAAUUUAAAAACAUCCCGAUUUCAGUAAUAACCCCAAAACACUUUGCAAAAAUAAAAUAUUUUACGUUAUUAUUUUGUACGAAUGGAUUUUUUGAAUUUGUGUAUAUUUCACAUUUUCCAAUGAAAAUGUACACGUGAAAAUGUCGUCGUUUUAAUCUUACGCCUAAGAUCGACUCUGUACGAUAUUGUUGACAGUGAGAGAUUUUAUUUAUUACAUACGCCUUAAAAUACAUUCUAAGGCUUUAUUAUCAAUGAUUACCCAUAGUUAGAUCUCUGCUAGAUUACAGUACUGUGUCUAAUGAAAUUAGUCACCGGUCAAAAUUGGCAUGCACAAUUUUAACCAGGCCCUGGGGAGAAAUAUUUUUGGUAAAAACAUAGUAUGCAGUAUUUUUCAUGUUUAUAAGAGGUGCAUCUAAAAUUUAGUGCGUGUAAAUUCGUUCUGCGUAUUACCAAUCUGUAGAAUAGAUGUUUUUCAAACUCGACAGUGCGAGUCUCGAAUUCCUCAUAUCUAACACGAUACUAAAGAUAGGGAAAGAUAGAGAAGAGUUCAGUUGCGCUAACAUCCUACCACGUAAAGAGACAUAGAGAAAGUAUCGUCCAAUGGCGGCAGAGUUGUUUCAGUCUCAUCUCUUUCGUGCCAACGCAGUGAAAUAGAAAGAGAAAGAGGAGAACGCUACCUCCAGUUGCACUGCCAUUGGAUUAAUUUUGUCUAUUUCUCUUCAUGAGAUUAUCUUGUUGAUCACAUGUUAGCGCCACUGGACUCACACAGUCGAAUUAUGAAAACAUAAUUACAAAAUAGCGUUACUAUAGCUUGGCAACUUCGUUCGUAAUGAAAAUGAAAACCCCAGGACUGAUGCACCUCACUUCCCCGCACGCACGAUUUCACACCUGCGCAGUCUUUCCCCCCGUCGCCCGCAUAUCAUGGGAGUGUCAUCAACGAACUUGCCAGACUAUAAUAUUUUAUUUGUAGUGUUUUUAUGUGCAAUACUUCUCUGUAGAUGGUUAAUAUAUUUAUGAGAUUUGCCAUCUAGCCGUUAUAUAAAUAUUUAGAUUUCCGCUCAUUUAAAUAAUCUCUUUUUCAUAGAGACAUAUACAGCGCGCUGUUUUGGCCAAAAAGCAAGCUUGACACAAAUAAACGAAUUCCUAGUUUUUUAUUUUUUUUAAAUAAUUUUUUUUAUUGAAACUUAAAGUGCCUAAGAAUAUGCCACAUUCAGUCAUGGCAAAGCCUUGUUUGUAUAUAAAUUAAAGAUCAACUAUUGUUCUAAUGAUAUUAAUAAACACUGGUAUUACCAUUUUUUUAUUUACAAAUGUAAAAUGAAAUUAAUAAUGCUUAAUUUUUAUAUAUUUUUUAUACUAUUUGUAUAUAUAAUUAUAAUAUUACAGAAGAUAUCAUUACAAUUUAUUAUUAACUUGAUGUUAUUUAUAAAAAAAUGUAUUAUAAAUUUUACAUUUAAUAUAUAAUAUUCAUGAUACAUAAUAUUAACCGAAAUAAGUUUUAAACUUAUAUUUUUGUUUAUUUAUAAUUAUUUUAAGUUUUUUUUUCAAUUCUUACAAAAUAUCAUGUAAAAUGAUUUGUACUACAACUUUUUUAACUAGAGAAAAAUAUCUAAAAAAAUCUUACACAUGUGAAUUUAAAAUUGAAAUUUUGUAUUGUUUCUUAAUCAGUUCGAUUUUUAAAAUUAGUUACACUUAUUAAGAAGUGCUAAUUGAUAUUUGUUACCUUGAAAACAAUUGAGUAUUUAAGUUAUGAUGUUGUUAUUGUAAUUUUUAUAUAUAAUAUAACAUAAAUAUUAUAUUAUCUAAGUGUUAUAACAUCACUUGUACCUGCUUCCUGAAUAUAAAUAUUUUGUCAAUCGAAGCAAAAUUAUUGUGCUUAUCUACUGAAAAAAAUAAAUUGUAUAUUGAAUUA